UGCGUCAUCGUCCUGCGCCAGCUCUCCGGGCACUUUAGGGGCGGGAGGCGCGGCCGCGAGUAAUCCUGCGACUUGGCCGCCGCGCGCACUAAGGCACUGAUGUUUGAACAGGAAGCUUCAAAACUUUUGAAAGGACCUUCAGAAUGGCUUUGAAACAGAUAAACUAGAAGUUGCUUCAGAACACCACCUUCAGCAUGUAUCUCUGCUGUUGGGCUUUCCAGGUGAGGAGCUUUUUGAAGAGGUUAUUCUGCAAAGAGCCAGAGAGCUGAAGCUCAUGGAACCAGAUUAGUGGACUUGACUUUCUGGCAGAAAUCUAUCACUUUAUUACACUCUGCCUAAGAGGUGUGGAGGUAUUCGUGGGACCAAAGGGCCUGCAAGGAAGGGAAGUAGCCCUUUCUUGCUGAAUGAAAACUGCGCAAGUGACAUUUCGACUGAAAACACUUAAACCUCCCACGCCCAGAUUCAUUCAACCCGGGACACACAGGAACCAUUCCUCCUGGGGAGAAAGAAGCGAUACUACAAACGAAAACCCAAAUAAAGAGAAUGAGGGCAACUGCAAAGUAAAUGGCUGCUUCCACCUCCAAAGAGACAAAGUCAGCCUCCUGGUGGAAUUAUUUCUUCCUUUAUGAUGGUUCAAAGGUAAAGGAAGAAGGAGACCCAACAAGAGCUGGCAUUUGCUAUUUUUAUCCUUCGCAGACCCUGCUUGACCAACAGGAGUUGCUCUGUGGGCAAAUUGCCGGAGUCGUCCGCUGUAUUUCUGACAUUUCUGCCUCUGCUCCCACUCUAAUUCGUCUGUGGAAACUGAAGUUUGCUGUAAAGGUUGAUGGAGAUUACCUUUGGGUGCUGGGAUGUGCUGUGGAGCUCCCUGAUGUCAGCUGCAGGCAGUUUCUGGACCAACUGAUUGGAUUCUUUAACUUUUAUAAUGGACCUGUUUCUCUGGCAUACAAGAGCUUUUCUCAGGAAGCACUGAACACCAAGUGGGACAACUUCAUUGAACAAAUUCUGAAAAACACCAGCGAUCUGCAUAAGAUAUUCAAUUCCCUCUGGAACUUGGACCGAACUAAAGUGGAGCCCCUGCUGUUGCUGAAGGCAGCCCUCAUUCUGCAGACCUGCCAGCGCUCGCCUCACGUUCUUGCUGGCUGCGUCCUCUAUAAAGGACUGAUUGUCAGCACCCAGCUGCCACCCUCCCUCACAGCCAAGGUCCUGCUGCGUCGAGCUGCACCUCGGGACCAGAGAGGACCUACGGGAGGGGAUGCCCCACAGGAGCAAGGGGUGGUGCUCCCCCCAAAUGUCGAGAUCAUGCCUGUUUUCCUGACUGAAGAGGAAGCUGUCAGUCUCUGCGAGUUCCCUGGGGAGUGGAUGACCAGCUCUCCUGCGUCUCCAGCCCGGCUCCAGGAAUGCUCAGCCCAGCACCCUCCGGAGGGUUGGAGCACCUCUGCCCCGAGAGAAGACACCUCUGGGCAUCGGGAAUCCAUGGCCUGGACGUUGGCAACCACCCCUGAGCCCAUGUCCCCUGAUGUCACUUGGCCAAAUGGCAAGAAGGAGGACAGACGCCUGUCUGGCCAUGAUCUGGAGCGUAUCAAGCCCCUAGAACCGUACAGCACUGUCAGGGAUGAGGGCCCUGGUUCUGACUGGUUCCUGGUGAAGGAACCUGGUUUGUUUGGGAGGAUAGCAGAACUGGACUUGUCUGAAAUCCACAUUCCAGAAACUAAGAAAAGGGGAACAUCCUCAAGUCAUUUUUCCUUACCGAGUGUGUGUACCCUGGAUGGUGGUGGUCCUUAUGGCAAGGAAUCUGUCGGCGACUCUGGCAGCCCAGAACCUGAGCUGCCCUCGGCCCUGCCUGUGGGCAGCCUCUUCUCUCCCUCUCCUCCUGAGAUGCUUGCCCAGAAUGGAGCCCUAGCCCAGCGCGGAGACCUUCCUGGGGACAGCAGCCAAGCCCCCAUUCCCAGGGAAGACCGCCUCUCCAGCAGGUUGAGCCAGCCGUUGUCUUCGCCUCACUUGGAUUUGAGGCGGAGAGAAGCUACGCUCCCCGUGGGGGAACAAGGCCUGGAGCAACGCGUCACAGGGCAUGAGAGCUACUCAGCCCCCAGCCAGGAAUAUGGCUGGAGCUUGGCACACACUCAGGGCGAUGGUCCCUCUGCAGACGGAACUGGCUACAGGUCAGCAUCCCACGGAGGACUCUCACGGCUGAACCUCUACACUCACAGCGUUAAUGGGCUGGUGCUAUCCUUGCUGGCCAAGGAGACGCUGCUGCGGGACGCGGCUGCCAUCGAGGAGGUGACCCCUUCCCCGAGUGCUGGCCGGUUUGCCUCCCGCAUCCUCCUUGACCACAGCUCUCAGGGACUUAACCUCCUCCUCCUAACAACACGGGGACCCCGGGUUGCUGCUUCAUACAGCUCGUCUCCCUGUGAUGCCUUCAUUCUCAUGGUCUGUGCUGCUCAGAGCUGAGUGGUAGACAUGUUGUUUUGAAGGCCCAGUGUUCCCUCUUCCACCUUCUCCCCAAAAAGAUAAAGAAAAAGCUCAGGCUGCUCUUGAAGAAGGAAGUGAAUGUAUGCCGCAUUCACUGUAUGCUAAAUGCAUCUGUCAUUUUAGCCAAGCCCUUGAACAGGUCUGGGAAUAGACAUCCUAACUCCCAUUUACCAGUAAGGAAACAUCUUUGUUGAGUUGAAGACCUAGUCAACUGGUGGGUCCAGAAUCCUCUCUCGUUUCUCUUCUCCCUGCUGUAGCCUCUCUGUCCUGCACCCAUCUGAGCUCGGAAUGUAGGUGGGAAGGUGCCGGCAAGGGGGAAAUGCCCUGCCGUCUGUGGCGCUUGACAGGUGGACAUACCACUUGUUUUGUCACGGCCUGUCCAUUACGUAGGACAGCAGUCUCAGGGGAUUUUAUGUAAAGUCGGAUUUGGUGGUGGGUAGGCUCCAGGAAAGAGAAUGCAGUUUAAUGGAAGAGCUCACUUUUUCGAAAAAGAGUAGGAAUGACAGACUUCAAUCAGCUUGCUGGUUGGAGAGCAGGGCUUGUUGAUCAGACCCAGAGUCUGUCUCUAUUAUAAUGGGGAGGAGCUUUUCCUGCCUUUUUGUCCUGGGCCUGCAUACAGAAUACUUGACCUCAUUUCCCUCCAAACCGUCUGCGGCUGUCUGGAAAAGCAAGCCCCUGCAGAGGGGUAAACUACCAUUCAGGUGCGGCAGUGAGCACACCCUGCCUUGAAAGGGCUCCUUGACUGUUGUGCACACGCCACGCACCCUCUGGUCGUUUUGCCAUCUUGUCUUUCAGGGGAUCAACUGCCACCUCUUUACGUUUGCAGAAGGUUGGGGGGCAGGUAACUGGGUGGAAGGAGAUGUGAGGGGGCUGAGCAAGGAGAGGUUGGGAUUGUUCAGGGGAACAGAGUGAACUCACACCAGGGGGCAGCAUAGAGCUACUGAUCCUGCUCAAAACCCAAGAUCCUCUCAUUGACCUUCAAAUACAGUGACCAGAUCAUUAAUUUAUUGCUACUAUAGGACUUUGAGCUGGCUGGGUACAGCAGAUGAGGUUUGAGGUUAAUGUGUGAGUGUUAGUGUAAAAUACUUCAUAAAAAUGCAUCCCUCCCCCAUGAAACUAGUGCUUUUGAGUGAAUGUGUAACUGUGUCAUUUCUUCUGCACAUUGACAUUCAAGCCCCUUGCUUUGCUAGGGACUAGAAGCUGGAGGUUCCCAGAAUUAGCUCCACCUGUAUGUCUCCUGGGGCUUUUGUGAGGAUUGCAUGUGUAGUAGGAUAUAUUGGGUUGGCAAACUCUUAAUGUAUAGGAACACAUUGGUAUUUCAGCUUUGCACAACUAUUAAACUCUGCCAUCGCAGUACAAAAACCAUAGAGAAUAUGUAAAUAAAUGGCAUGUCUGUGUCCUACUAAAACUUGUGGACAUGGAAAUUGGAAGUUCAUACAAUUUUCACAUGUCACAAUUUUAUUCUUUCUUCCUGACUGUAUAAAAAUAUAAAAAGCAUUCUUAGCUCUCAAGCUAUAUGAAAAUAUUUGCU